AUGAGUUAUUACUUUGUACAUUCAUUCUCAGGACGCUACCCUAAUGCCCCAGACUAUCAGCUGUUAAAUUAUGGGACGGGCAGAUCCAUGGAUGGAUCCUAUAGAGAUCCAGGCAACAUGCAUGCCGGCUCUUACAGGGGAUACAAAUACAAUGGAAUGGAUCUGAGCAUCAGCAGAUCAGCCACCACCACCUCCUCCUCCUCCUCCAGCCAAUUUGGAGCGGUUGGCAAGAGCUCUCGUGUCUUUUCUGCCCAGGCAGCGCUCGAAAGCAGGUUAAGAGAGGCGUUCAGCUGCUCCUUGUCCUGUCCCGAAUCCCUCCCUUGCACAAGCAGCACCAGUAGUGGCGGUGUCAACGAAAGCCAUGGAGGCAAGACAGCCGGGUCCCCAUGCCAACCAGUAGCUUCUGUCGGCGCAGUUAGCGUCACCGCGUUUGCUGAAAUAGACGAAACCAGUGCGUCCUCGCGAACCGAAGAGAGAGAGGAAAGCAAAUGUGUUAUGCCUGAAGGACACACCUGCAUUAGUUUUGAAAUGAGAGUGGCAGAGUUUUAUUGUGAUAGUGAUGAUGCCAAGCAGGAGUUCCAGAUUAUUGUACUGUACUAUUCUCAGUGCAUCCUAGCAGCUCAUAAAGAUAUACUGGCCAUUGUUGCAAGAUCAUCUUCAAGCUGUCAUGGAACACUGCCAGAAGGUGCUUAG